AAGCAUCAACUACUUGACAGCGUCAGUGGUCGGAGCAGAGGUAGCUAGCUAGCACAGUGCCAAGCUGAAGCUGUGCAGCGCGCGGCCUGAGGCGGCCUAAGGUUUUUUGCCCCUGGUCUCGAGCUGCUAGCUCUACAUAUACGUCUCGCGGUGGGGUUCGUGGCAAUGGCCGGCGUCGAGUGCGGCGGUGGGGACUGGCCCUUCUCCGCCGAGGAAGCGUACGCCGAUUCCUCAGCGCUGUUGGCGGAGAUCGGCUGGGCGGCCGGUUUUGUCGACGAUGGCUGCGCUGGGGAGCUGCUUCCGCCGCUGGAUCCGCAUCCGGCCACACCAGCGGGGUCCAUGGAAGGGGCCGGCGCCUCGUCGAGCUCCACCGAUGACGGUGCCACGCGGGAGGCUGCGGACGCCGACGGCAGGCCGGCCGCCGCGACAGAGGCAGCGAGCAAGACGGCGCCGGCGCCGGCCCCAGGGAAGACGAUGAAAAAACAGAAGCGGGCGCGGCAGCCACGGUUUGCGUUCAUGACCAAGACGGAGAUUGACCACCUCGAGGACGGAUACCGCUGGAGGAAGUACGGACAGAAGGCCGUCAAGAACAGCCCUUUCCCAAGGAGCUACUACCGGUGCACCAACAACAAGUGCACGGUGAAGAAGCGCGUGGAGCGCUCCUCCGAGGACCCCUCCGUCGUCAUCACCACCUACGAGGGCCAGCACUGCCACCACACCGUCACCUUCCCCCGCGGCGCCGGCGCCGCCACCCUCGCCAGCCAGAUGGCCUUCUCGGCACACCACCACCACCUCAUGUACAACGACUUGCCGGCACUGCACUCGCCGACCACUCAAAACCCCCUCUUCAGCGUGCCGGCGAUGUCGUCGUCGCUGCUCCAGCCGCUACACUGCAACCGACAGGAGCUGCAAGUUGCGAGCUACACAACCCAGGCAUCGUCCAUCUCGUCGCCGGGGAGUGUUCCCGCCGUCGACAAGGGGCUUCUCGAUGACAUGGUGCCUCCAGCGAUGAGGCACGGAUAGAUCGACGGUGUCGACCGCCAGUCGCUAGCUUAAUUAAUUAUUAGGUACUUAAUUACUUGGAUGCGUGGAUGGACCACUGAAUUUAAUUGGGCAGAGAGAAGAAUAGGGUAAUUAUGGUGGCACAUAGGUAUAUAUUUUACGAUGUGGUUAAUUAUUUCUUGGAGCGUUGCUACACGUAUGACAGUAUUUGUACGAUUUUUGUACGAAGUAGCAGGGCCACCGUUGAUCAACGCUGGCUCAAGGUGGGUUCACGGUGGAUUACGCUAUCGUACCAAAUCGGACGAGCUUUCAUCGUAUGUGAGGCAAUUCCCUAUUUCUUGAACAUGUCAUUUACUGGUAAUUGGCUAAAUCUGCACUGUGUAAGUAGUACUCCGUACAAUGUAUGUAUAAUUACUUUGUGGUUAUACAACGUAAUAUACGCACUGUAUAUUGAUUAA